GCCGUAAGCGCCGGGCGCGGCUGCGUCGGUCGCUGCUGCUCCCGCUCCUGCGCUCCUGCUGGGAGAGGCUCUACCUCCUCUGGUUUUGUCCCUCCCCAAGGAAGAAACACAGGAAGGAAGGAGAAAGCAAUGGCUGCUUGGCUUCUGCCAUUGGGAGCUGGGUUUCAGGAGUCAGUGACCUUCAAGGAUGUGUCUAUAAAUUUCUCUUGGGAAGAGUGGAUUCAAGCAGAUUCUGCUCACAGGAUGACCAUGUAUGGGGAGGUGAUGCUGGAGAACUACAGGAACCUGUUCUCACCGGCAGGAAAUGACCUUUCCAAACCCAAUGUGACUUCCCAGCUGGAACGAGAAGAACUGAGCCUGAUGAAAACAAAACUGCCUGAGGGUGGCUUUCCAGAUUUUCUUGGAUAUUGCUGCCAGAUUAAUCUGCCAUUUAGUCUUCUCAUCCUGUCCAAGUCAAGAGGAGAAAGUAUUGACUGAGUGCCGUGCCCAGCUCUUCCACAGCCAGCGUCUCACUCGCUUGACACAAAACGUCUGUGGACUGGGAGACGACUUGAAACCAAAGCGCCAACUCUGAAGCCCAGUAUUACUGAAGAUUUAUGCCAUGGGGUACUAAUGGAAAGGGAAGGUGUCUGGCAUUCUACUGUAGGGGAAACCUGGGAACCUAAUAACUGGUUAGAGGGACAACAGGAUAGUCAUCUGAGCCAAGUGGCAGUUACCCGUAAGGAAACCUUCACGGAGAGGAGAGUAUGUGGAGGUAAUGAAUUUGAAAGAUGUUCCAGUCAGGAUUCAAUCCUUGAUACACAACAAAGCAUUCCUAUGGUAAAAAGGCCCCAUAACUGUAAUUCACAUGGAGAAGAUGCCACGCAAAAUUCUGAGUUAGUUAAAACUCAAAGAAUGUUUGUAGGAAAGAAGAUCUAUGAAUGUAAUCAGUGCAGCAAAACCUUCAGCCAGAGCUCAUCCCUUCUUAAGCACCAGAGGAUUCAUACUGGGGAGAAACCCUUUAAGUGUAAUGUAUGUGGGAAACACUUCAUUGAACGCUCCUCCCUUAAUGUACAUCAAAGAAUUCAUACUGGAGAGAAACCCUAUAAAUGUAAUGAAUGUGGGAAAGCCUUUAGUCAGAGCAUGAAUCUUACUGUCCAUCAACGAACUCACACUGGAGAGAAACCUUAUCAGUGUAAAGAGUGUGGCAAAGCCUUCCAUAAGAAUUCCUCUCUUAUUCAACAUGAAAGGAUUCAUACUGGAGAGAAACCCUACAAAUGUAAUGAAUGUGGGAAAGCUUUUACCCAAAGCAUGAAUUUGACAGUCCAUCAGAGAACUCAUACAGGAGAAAAACCCUAUGAAUGUAAUGAAUGUGGAAAAGCCUUCAGUCAAAGCAUGCAUCUUAUUGUCCAUCAGAGAAGCCAUACUGGAGAAAAACCCUAUGAGUGUAGUCAGUGUGGAAAAGCCUUUAGUAAGAGCUCAACUCUUACCCUACAUCAGCGAAAUCACACUGGAGAAAAACCCUACAAAUGUAACAAAUGCGGGAAAUCCUUUAGCCAAAGUACGUAUCUUAUAGAACAUCAGAGGCUUCAUUCUGGAGUAAAACCUUUUGAAUGUAAUCAGUGUGGAAAAGCUUUCAGUAAGAAUUCAUCUCUAGCUCAACAUCGGAGAAUUCACACUGGAGAGAAACCUUAUGAGUGUGUGGUAUGUGGAAAACAUUUCACUGGACGAUCAUCCCUUACCGUGCAUCAGGUUAUUCACACUGGAGAGAAACCUUAUGAGUGCAAUGAAUGUGGAAAGGCAUUCAGCCAGAGUGCUUACCUUAUUGAACAUCAAAGAAUUCAUACUGGUGAGAAACCCUACGAAUGUGAUCAGUGUGGAAAAGCCUUCAUUAAGAAUUCAUCCCUUACAGUGCAUCAGAGAACUCAUACAGGAGAGAAACCCUAUCAGUGUAAUGAAUGCGGAAAAGCCUUCAGCCGGAGUACAAACCUGACUCGACAUCAAAGAACUCAUACAUGAGGAAUGUUUCCACUGGCCCCUACAUCAUGUUUAACUCUUCAGUAAUAAUCAUAUAAGACAUACAAUGUAGAAACCUAAUAAACGUGAUGAUUGUGGGAAUUUUCCAGUUGAAGUAUAUCAGAUAAUACCACUGCAGAGAAGUCAUCUAAAAGUAGAGAAAUCUUGAUUCAGAAAUUAUAACUUAGUUUAUAUCAGAAGGUUUAAGUAGCUAAUAUAAACAAUGACGACUCAUGCUGAAGAUAAGUUCUAUUAUAUCAUACUGCACAUUCUCCUUUGGCCAUCAGAGACUUCAUACUGGAGAGAAAAAUGUGAGCAUGUUUAACUGGACAGCCCAGAGACCUGGUAUGUAGUCCUAAUCUGCCACUGCCUUGGACAAGUCACCUACUUCCACCAGGUUAUGGUUCUUUAUUUGGUAAAUGAAUGAUUUUGGAGUUAGAAAUCUUGUAGGAUCUCUGUUAGCUCUAAAAUGUUACAACCCUAUAAAUAUAAUGAAUGCUGGGAAA